AUUCAAUCAAUUGGGACAUUAAAAUCAGUGUAUAUUACAAAAAGUAGCGUUAUUGUAUCUUUAAUUUAAGAAUCGAUUUGAUUCAAUUUCCAGAAAAGAAAUCACCCUUUUUGAUAUUAAGUAAUUUACACUGUAGUUAUUUCAUGUUUUUAUAAAUAAACAUGAAUCAUUUUGCAUAUUUUGAAUUUCCCUCUGAGUUAAAAGUAAUUUCCGGAAAAUUCUACAUUAUUCGCUUCGUUCAAAAAUUACAUAAAAGUCAAAAAUAAAAAUCUAUUUAACACAAAUUAUAAUUGUAUUAUUGACACAUUUUAUUAUAAUUUUAUAGAUUAUUUAAGUACUAAAAUACAAGCUACAUGCAUUUUAUUGCAUUUUAACUUGAACAAGGAGCUACAAAGUUAUGCACCAAUUUUUGUGUUAUUGCACGAUUUUUGAACGACCAAAGUAUAUAAAUACCCCUCCUCCACCGCCAAACUGUCAAAAAUAAUCAAAUCAACUGACUAGUCGACGCGACGUAAAAUAACAGCAUUAAUAGUUUUUUUUUGCAUUGUAGUUGUAAUGUUUGUUGUGAUUCUGAAUUAAGUGUGUGAUUGCGCAAUAUUCUUAUAAAUAUUACAUGGAAAGUUGUGUAUUUGUGAUAAAUCACAGUGGAUUUCAAAUAUUUUGUCAGUGAAUCGUGAUUUUGUGACGACAAAAUGCUAUCAAGACUGAUUCAUAAUGAGAGGACUCCGAGGAAUGCGAAGCCCUAUUGUCGGUGCUGGAACGAGAACAGGCCUAGACUGUGGGAGAGCAAUGGAGGCUGUGCGUGUGGAGAGCAUGCUGACAUUAGCGAAUGGAGAUGGGAGAUGCCAGACAGCACAGGUACCAGUUGGGUGAUGAUGUGUCCCAACCAGAAGCAGGUGACCUUCCAUCCGUUCUACAGUUCCGGUACUGCUGCAGUCAAGGGUGACACCGCACUAGUCCGUGAUUACCACUACUAUUGGGAGAUCAAGAUGUUAACAGAGCCCUAUGGAACUGAUAUUAUGGUAGGCCUCGGUACAAACAAAGUGAACAUGGCGGAUUCUCUAUUCACAUUCACAUCGUUCCUGGGCCGGGACGGGGAGUCCUACGGGCUGUCAUACACCGGAGCCCUGCGACACAACGCCACCGUCACCAGGGAGAAUGUAGGCUUCUGCAAAGGCAGCAUUAUAGGCGUCAAAGUGGACCUCUGGCAGGGCACUCUGGAGUUUUACCUAAAUAGAAAGUCACAAGGCAUAGCAUUCUACAAUCUCCGCCGGCAUCAGGCGCUAUACCCCAUGAUAUGCUCAACCGCGGCGCAGUCCUCCAUGCGGCUGAUAUACGCGGCGUCCUGGCAGGCGUCCCUGCUGGUGGACGCUGCCAAGAUCCUGGCCGCGUCAGUCAACGGAGAGAAGUCGCUGUUCCUACCUCCAGGGCUGAAGCAUACUUUGAAGUCACAGUUCUGGCUGACACUGCCUAAUCAUAAAUGUAUCCUAGACGUAGACGACGCAACUCCUGACGUGAGCCCAACGUCUCCGACCAAGCCAGAGUCGAGUAUGCUUAGCGAGUUUUUCCCGAGUCCUUUCAUGAAUGGCUACUACGUGGACAAUGUGGAACGAGACUACAGAAUAGUCGUGUGGGAGUAGUUUCAAUUCUACAUGAAAUGUAUUUUGAAACAAAUCCUUCGAUCAUUAAGUCUUAUUUAUGAUCAAAGUCCAAAUUAGGUAAUAAUAUUUUUCAAGAUUUUUGCAAUGGUGUACGUGUUAGGGUUCUAUGGUAGUCUGUAGUAGAUAUAAAAAAAAAUACCUAUUUUAUCUGUGUUCAUAUACAAGUAUUGGAAGGUUCUUACUUUAUACGUAAUAGGAUAAGGUUAUACGAUGCAGUGACGGAUUAUGACGAACUUAAGAGGAUACAUGUGGUAAGCUACACUUUUUCCUACUAGACCCGUUUUUUUAAACAAUGGCGCUAUGGAUUUUUGUCCUGAGUCUUUAUUGGACGAAUCUGAAUGAUCAGAAGAAAGGUCAAAAUUAGCUCCAUCUGGUGAGCCUGCCAUUUGCUUCGCUCAAUAAUAAAGUAUUUCUUUUAUUUUCAAGUACAUAAGAUUACUAUUUCUUCUUUCUUUAUUUAUUUAUUUAUCUUAGCAUAUUAUAGAGAAUGUAAUGAAUUGUUAUUAUAACUAGUAAAUGUUUACGAGUACAAAUUUUCUCUUUUUCAAAUUAAUUAAUAAAUGCCCCAAUUUCGAUAUUUACUAAGUAUAUUUUAAGGAUAUAUUCCAGGUUUAAUACCUAAUAAUACUAUUAAAUAGACUAUAAUAUAAACGAACGUAUUUUAGAUAAGUAAAUUAUUAUAAUGAGUACAUUAUUAUACAAGUAAAAAUUUUAUCUUUUACCAUCUAUUUUAUAAGGGAUAUGGAAAAUAAAAUUAGUUUGUGUAUUUUGUAAAUAAAAUAUUAGAAAUAAA